AUGUGCGUCAUAGGUAGCGUCCGAUACACUCCCUCUCCAGAGCCUUCGGGCAGCUUCGUCAAACCGAAGUCCACCUCGGACGAGCAAGAGCUGCAGCUCACCAACGGGCUAGGUCAUGGACAAUGGCGAGACUCAAUCUUGGCUCAACUGCUCGGACGCGACAUGUCUAAACCCUUGGAAUGGUGCGCUAGUUCAGACCAGUGGGAUGGGUUCGACAAAAGCUACACCAGUCGAUUUGUCAAUGGUCAAGAUAUUCUAGCCAUCUACAAGCCCAGAUCGUCAUCUUGGCAAAACUACAGUGCGGAGAAGCUCGAGGAGCUCGAGAACAGCGAUGGCGUGGGGAGUCUCGGGAUCAUGAUUGAUGGGGUCAGCGGAGAUGCACUGGAACAUAUGAUUCUUACCUGUGUUGCCAUUGAAGAGCAGAUCAUGAGGUCAAAGGGCUUUGGUGGAUCGUACCAUGCGGAUUGGAGCGGCCAGUAA